AUGGGGGCUGAGGUGGCUCGCACAGUCAGGAAUUUCAACCUAGAGAACCAGGCUGAAUGGGAAAUCAGCAGAAUGAAGCCCUCCCCAGCUCCCAGGCACCCCUUCACCAAGAACCUCCUGCGGGAGCAGAUGAGCAGCCAUCCAGAAACUAAGGGAGAAAUUGAUAGAAAAGAUGACAAACUGCUGUCAUUACUAAAAGAUGUGUAUGUUGAUUCUCAAGAUCCCGUGUCUUCUUUGCAGGUUAAAGAUGCCGGAACAUGUCAGAAGCCUAAGGAAUACAGGUUGCUGAAAGACCAUCAGUUUGACAUGAUGAACGUUAAGAACAUUCCCAAAGGUAAAAUUUCCAUUGUAGUGGCAUUGACACUUCUCAGUAAUUAUAAACUUUAUCCAGACACAUGGACUGCUAAGAAAAUAGCUGUCGAAUACCAUCUAGAACAGCAAGAUGUAAAUUCCCUUCUCAAAUAUUUUGUUACUUUUGAAGUAAAAAAUCUUCCCCCCAAAGACAAGAAAGCAAUACAAUCAAAAUGA